CAAUGGUUUUAAACAAACAUGUGACAUGUUCAGAUAAAAUAACGCUUGCUUUUAGAGCAGUGUCUUCGUUAGUUCCAGUAGCAGGUUUAGAGGGACCAGGACUCCUCUUUUCGCCACAAAUUAUGCGGGACAUAGACAGUGGUUGGGCCUGGAUGGUGAUGAUAGCGGCGUUCGGCUCUCAAUUCGUUACAGCCGUUCUAAGCUAUGGAGUCGGUGUGUUUCAUAACGCAUUUCUGAAUGAAUUUCAAGGAGAUUUUACCAUCACGUCUCUAGUGGGAUCGGUCUUUGCAAGUCUUCUAAGUCUUUUAGGACCCGUUGUGAGUUUCGUCAUCAACAAAUGGAAUUGCAGGGUUGCUGGAAUGCUAUCCGGGAUUUGUUUAUUUACAGGCCUGUGUUCAAGCUACUUUGCUCCUAAUCUAAUCUUCCUGUUAUUCACCUUCGGAAUUGUAGCAGGAAGUGGACUUGGCUUCAGUGCGAUUACAGCUGUUAUCGUGGUGGGAUAUUCAUUUGAGAAAUAUCGUGGAAUCGCCGUUGGUGUGAACGUGGCUGGUGCGGGUCUAGGAAUGUUUGCCGCUGGUCCUUUCAUCCAGUUUCUGAUAGAUCAGUAUGGUCUUAGAGGAGCAUUUCUGAUCUUGGGAGCAUUUGGAGGUCAAAAUAUUGUGUUUGGCGCUUUGAUGCGACCGACUAAAGUGGAAAUGGCGUACAAGAUUUCCGGAAAGAAUUCUUCAGAAAAGGGAGGAAUGUGUAACUUCCACUGUGAUAUUCUGCGGGAAAAGUCCUUUCUCUGUAUCUUAAUGUCUUCAUUCCUUUGGGGGAUCCCAUACGCAAUAUUAUUCAUUCAUCUUCCACGGUUUUCCGUUAUAAGUGGGGCCAGUGAAAUGCAGGCGGCCUCGCUGAUUACAGUGAUAGGCCUCGGGAGCACUGUCAAUAGAAUCCUGGCAGGUUUAGUUUUAGGACCAGGAGGAAUUGAUCCUUUGCUUCUUAACUUCGGAUUUCUUGGAAUAUUUGGUCUUACAACUGUCACUUUUCCAUUUUAUUGUACGAAUUAUGUUGGUCAAAAUAUUUAUUCUUUUAUUACUGGGAUUUAUAGCGGGGGGUUAAUUGUUUUAAUAAACCCUCUUUGUUUAGAAUUGGUUGGUAUCUCUCAACUUUCAACCGCUGUCGGAUUGUAUUUUACGUCGGCAGGGAUAGCUUGUAUAUUAGGAGGACCGUUAGCAGGUCUUAUGAUUGAUUACGGUAUCACGUAUGAAGGAGUAUUUUUCCUCUCAGGUGCUGUAUGCCUUCUAGGCGCUCUGUCGAGUCUGUGCUCCUCGCUAUGGCACAAUGCCGCAGAACACGAACAGAAAGCGUCCUCCGCCGUUGACUUUAAAGAAAGCCGGUUUCUAUCCGGAUCAGCGUACCUUUCUGGAUCAUUCACCGUCGUUACUGAAGCUGAUAACAAACAUUAUUAUAAGAAAGAAAAUACUGCCAGAGAAACUACUAAUGUUCAAAACAGUGUGGAAAGUCUAUUUAUAGAUAAACAUCCACUGCAAGAUGAUAUUGACUACAAAGCCAUCAGGUGGACCUUGACACAUACUGAGGAAGAUAUCACACAAAGGUCUGCUGAGCACCAUUCACGGCAACCACGGGGAUAUUUACCAUUACAAAUACAAGAAAUCAGACUUCUUCCUACCGACUCGGACAGUAUUUCGGACAGGACAGGGGAAGUAAAAAUGGCCGAUAAUGGACAGUUGGAGUCUCCUGUAUUACGGCGUAACGAUAAACAGCAAAUCGACCAGGAAUCGGAUUCAUACCCGAUGCAUGAAAGAAACCUUUUCUCCGACGUCGAUCGUGGAUGGGCCUUUGUGGUACUCUGUGCUUCCUUCGGAUCUAUGUUUUUUACAGCAAACCUUACAUAUGCGACAGGCGUCCUGCACGUUGCUUUGCUGGAGAAAUUCCAGAUGGACGCGGCUUUCACGUCUCUCACGGGUUCUGUGUUCAUUAGUUUACUUUCACUUAUCGGGCCAGUGGUAAGCUAUGUAGUCAACAAAUGGAGCUGUCGUGUUGGCGUAAUACUCGGAGGUCUUCUGGUAUUUACGGGGUUUACCUUGAGUUUCUUCGUGAAAAAACUCUCGCUUCUUCUCUUGACCUACAGUGUUAUAGCAGGGUCUGGUAUGGGUUUCAUAUGUUUGGCACCAAUUAUUGUGAUAGGAUAUUCAUUUGAAAAAUACCGUGGCAUGGCGGUAGGAUUCACGGUGAUGGGUGCUGGUUUUGGUAUGUUUACUAGCGGACCUCUGACGCAGUUCCUACUGGAUACCUUUGGUCUGCACGGCACCUUUCUACUCCUGGGAGCACUUGGAUUGCAGUGUGUAUUUUUAGGUUCUCUAAUGAGACCGUCACAGUUGGAAAGGAAGCAGAAGAUAAAUUUACGUAGAGGCAAGUUGGCAGGAAAUAAAGAAGGUACACAAAAUGGCAGAUGUCAUAUCAACUGCGAACUUUUUCGCAACAAGACAUUUAUUUUAAUAGCAAUAAGCGGGUUUCUUUGGAAUGCUGCAUAUUCCAUCAUUAGUGUUAAUCUGAGCAAUUAUGCGUACUUAAUGGGGACGACAAAACAAGAAGCUGCAUUCCUGUGGACAAUGGUUGGCAUUGGGAGCACCGUGAAUCGAUUUUUAGCUGGUCUAACACUAGGGCCGAAUGGCAUUGACCCCUUGCUGUUAGAUUUUGGAUUUCUGGGUAUUCUUGGUGUUCUGACAAUAACCUUUCCAAUGUAUGCAGCGUGGUUUAGCGGUCAAUGUUUGUUUGCUCUUCUAUAUGGUAUAUACAGUGGGGGUCUCGUCGUUUUAACUAAUCCGCUGUGUUUGGAAUUGGUCGGACUUCAACAAUUACCGUUGGCAGUGGGCUAUAUAUAUUUCGUUGCCGGUAUUGGAUCCAUUAUUGGACCUCCCAUCACAGGGUUGUUGGUUGAUGUGAUGAACAAUUAUUCUUUCGCAUUUUAUCAAUCAGGUAAGCUAAGACGUUUAGUCGAACAAAAACAUUGGAAAUGCGAGGUUAACUGCAAUAUGAAAUCAGCUGACACUGGAUGGGCGAUUGUUGUCCUGGUCGCUGCCUUCGGGAUCCAGUUCUUGACAUCUAUCCUUAUGUAUGGAGCUGGCAUCAUACACUUGUCGCUUCUGGACGUCUUCCAGAAAGAUGACGCCACCACAUCCAUUGUUGGAUCUCUACUGAUCAACCUCAUGAGUAUCACAGGUAUAGGUAUUGGAUUAGCACUGCUUCCCUGUCCAGUUGCCAUUGGAUAUGCGUUUCCAAAACAUAGUGGAUUUGCUAUGGGCAUUACUACUUCCGGUGUUGGACUGGGAAUGUUGGUUAGUGGACCAAUUACCAAACACCUCCUAGACACGUAUGGCCUACGAGGAACAUUUCUAUUUUUAGCUGCGAUUGUGUCUCAUAUCAUACCGUGUGGUAUGCUAUUAAGAACUCCACUACAUAAAGAGCUCAAAACAGUGAGAAAGGAAGACAGAUAUGAGUAUUUCAAAAGUUACGUCACCUUGUUUAAAACACCCGCUUAUAUGUGUGUUCUUCUGGGAGCAAUAUUGUGGAAUGUUUCUUACGUUGUUAUCAUGGUUCAUCUACCAAAUUACGUCGUGCAUUCUGGUUUUUCCAAAGAUGAAGCAUCAUUCAUGUUCACGGUGAUCGGUAUCGGCACGAUAUUGUCCAGACUAACGAUUGGACUGGCGAUCGGACCCGGCGGUCUGGAUCCACUAUUACUCAAUUUUGGACUGACAGCUUUUAUGGGUGGUUUGAUCGCAACAUUUCCUCUUUUUAUCACGUAUUCAGCAGGCCCAGUCAUCUUUGCGUCACUAUACGGAGUUUACAGUGGAGGAUUGCUUGUAUUCACCGUCCCUCUCUGUUUAGAAAUGGCGGGAAUGGAUAAGCUGACGUCUGCACUUGGUCUAUGGUUCUUUCUUCAAGGACUGGGGUCCUUCAUUGGUCCACCUCUAGCAGGUCUUGUUCUUGACAUGACCGGAUCUUAUGGAGUCUCAUAUUUCUUGUCAGGUCUGUUUACCUUGGUAGCUGCAGUGUUUUCAUUGCUCGCUUCAGUUUGGAGAAAAUCCGAAAAUAGAAAAUCGUCAACACCGAGUGAAUUCCUUGUUUCUAUGCCCAAAGAAGAUGUGGAUAAGCUUAAGAAUUAUGAUGACAUCAUGUUCUCUAAAGAACAAACUCGAAAACUGAUGUCAAAUGAUGCACAAUAUCAAGAUGCAGUUGACAAAGUUAAAUGCUAUACCUAUCCCCCUGCAAGUUUUUCUUCGAGGAUAAGUCAAGCGGAGGAAUUUUGCUGGAUAGAUUUUACCGAGGCUGUGAACAAUAGCAACGCAUGGCUGGAGAAAAGUAAACUUCCACAUAAACUGUUUCCUGUUCUUAUCAUCGGGGAGUCCGCAAGUGUUCUUUUACCCAUAAUUCUCUGGUAUUGGUGCUAUGGGCGGCCUGUUAGUGAUGACGUCAAUUCGAUACUAGAUCACGCUAACUGUUUAACGGAUGCUUACGGUCGUUAUGACAGAGGAAACUAUCUGACUAACGUUGCUACAUGUACUAUUUCUACCUCCACUUACAUGAGAGCUGUCUGGUUUAUCAAUAUGGUCGUGACGUCUGUUUUGAUCAUCGCAACAGUGGCAUACGUAAUUGAUUUGUUAAGACCAAAGCUCUACGAAAAGACUUUCCUCUACCACUCUGUCCCUGGCUGUAUGGAUCGACGGUUGGCUCUCUGUGUCAACAAAUUCUAUAAAGUUCAAUACGUGUCACUCAUUGCUAAAUUUUGCGAAAUGAACUCCCAUAUUCUUUAUGAUGUAGGGCGCUGCAAGACGUUGGCUAGAAAAUAUGCAUUACUGGAAGGGAUUUCACCCGGAAGAGAAAGUAUAGUGGAUAGACAUUAUCCUGUUAUUCAGCCUUACCAGCUGGACAAAUUUGCAAUUCAAUCCGAACUGCAUUUUCUUAAUAUACAAUCAAAAACUGCUAAACAAGAUAAUACUAAUAAAAAAGAGAGAGAUGAAAAAGCCAACAAAGCUGAAAGAAAUUCUAAGCUGAUUACGAAACGUAAGAGAAAAAUUGAACCAAAUUCACCCAGAAAAGCAGAAAAACUGAGAUAUAUGCCUCACCAUAUCUUAAACAGGUCUUUGUACAAAUUCGCAAAAAAAUCUCCCCGAAGCCUUGACCAAUCUCCAAUAACAAACAGAAGCAACCAAAGUCGACUAACGCUGGAAGAUUUAGAAUUUAAAACAUCGACUCCAGAAAACAGGACGCUGUCGAGAAGUUUCAUGACGUCACUUGAAUCCAGUAAAAUACACGGGAAACGUUUUUCUCCGAAUGCUACUCGGGUUUACCCAAUCAAUAGCAUCCGCCCAAUGCAUCCGGCGGCUCGCACAAGAGAGUUAGAUCCUUACGCGUAUCGACUUCAUACGUCCAUACUUCGUAGAAAUGCAGAAACUAGCAGGUCAUGGAAGCCAUAAGGACAUUAUAGUUUUCAUCUCCAUAGCACAAUUUAGUACGAUUUAAGGAGAUAUACAUUUUCAUAAUGGCUGACUUCCCUUUAACACAUGAAUGAUGAAUAUCAGUAAUAUUUGUAUAUUCCUUUCGAUUACCUAGCUGGGUAGUCAACGUGUCGAUUGCAGAUCUGUAGGUUGCUGGUUAAAG